AACCAAAGUAAAAGCUUUUCCUUACCGACGACCCACUUCUCCAUAUAUAUGCAUACCAGACUUCCCUCUUCUUAGAAAUCACACAGCCUUUACUAAAUACUUUUGCUUCCUUCUUUGGAAGUGAUAGUACAACAAGUUCAAUUUCUUAGUGAAGAUGGAAGAAAGCAAGGGAGCAAAGUCAACCAAAGUUAUUGAAGACGAGGAGAAAUGGGUUUAUGAUUCUUCUCUGGAUCAUAAAGGAAACGUUCCUCUCCGAGCUUCAACUGGUGUUUGGAAAGCCUCUCUCUUUGUUGUUGCUAUUGAGUUCAGUGAGAGGUUGAGCUACUUUGGAAUAGCAACUAGCUUAAUUAUUUACCUCACCAGAGUAAUGCAUGACGACCUCAAGACCGCAGCCAAAAGUGUCAAUCACUGGUCUGGCGUCACCACACUGAUUCCACUGUUUGGAGGCUUCGUGGCUGAUGCUUACUUGGGGCGCUUCAAAACAGUUCUUUUUUCAUCCAUCAUUUACCUCAUGGGUUUGAUUCUUCUAUGCAUGUCCUGGUUCGUACCAAGCUUCAGGCCUUGUAAUACCAAAACAUGCCACGAACCCAGAAAAAUCCAUGAAGUGGUGUUCUUUGUUGCAAUCUACUUAAUUUCUAUAGGGACUGGGGGUCAUAAGCCUGCCCUGGAGAGCUUUGGAGCUGACCAAUUCGAUGACGAUCACCGUGAAGAAAGAAAGCAGAAGAUGUCCUUUUUCAAUUGGUGGAGUUUUGGGCUUUGUUGUGGGCUUAUACUUGGGGUUACUGUGGUAGUGUAUGUGCAAGACCAUGUGAGUUGGGGUGUUGCUGAUAUUGUUGUCACUGCAGUCAUGGCUGUAUCACUUUCUAUCUUCAUAAUUGGAAGGCGGAAUUACCGUUAUCGAAAACCGACUGGGAGCCCCUUAACACCAAUGUUGCAAGUUCUUGUAGCUGCCAUUGCUAAGAGAAAUCAGCCUCACCCUUCUGACCCUGCUCAAUUGUAUGAAACCCCCAAAUCAGAAAAGGUUCAUGGGAGGCUUCUGUGCCACACGAAGAAGCUCAGAUUUCUUGACAAGGCGGCGAUUAUAAGCGCACAAAACUUGGCUGAGAAUCCAAGCCCUUGGAGACUAGCAACUGUGACCAAGGUGGAGGAGAUGAAGCUUGUUCUCAACUUGAUCCCAAUUUGGCUAGCGACUCUGCCAUUUGGAAUGUGUGUGGCACAAUCCACCACAUUCUUCAUCAAACAAGGUGCCACCAUGAACAGAGAGGUUGCAAAUGGUUUCGUGGUCCCCCCUGCCUCAAUAUUCGCUCUCGCAGCCAUUGGAAUGAUCGCCUCCGUCACAAUAUACGAAAAACUCCUUGUCCCGAUUCUGAGAAGGACAACCGGAAACGAAAGAGGAAUCAACAUCCUCCAAAGGAUUGGAAUCGGAAUGAUUUUCUGCAUCGCUACGAUGGUAGCAGCUGCCCUGGUGGAGAAGAAACGACUAGGAUUUGUCAAAAGUGACCCAAUAAAGGGUUCGCAUUCCAUGAGCGUGUUGUGGUUGGCACCACAAUUUCUGAUCGUUGGGUUUGGAGAUGGGUUUACUCUUGUGGGGUUGCAGGAGUAUUUUUACGACCAAGUCCCGGACUCCAUGAGAAGCUUAGGCAUUGCUUUUUACCUCAGUGUGAUCGGAGCUGGGAACUUCGUUAGCAGCUUUGUGAUCACGGCCGUUGAUCACAUCACGGACAAUGGAGGGAAGAGUUGGUUCGGUAAGGAUUUGAACAGCAGUCGGUUGGACAGGUUUUAUUGGCUCCUGGCUUGCGUGGCAGCAGCAAAUCUGUGUGUUUAUGUUUUCGUGGCUCGGCGUUAUUCUUACAAGAAUGUGCAGAAGGUAGCUGUGGCUGAUUGCUUUGGAGAUGAACUGGAAAAUGAAGGCCCGAUCCCAUGAAACAUAAUAUAUAUUUAUAUAUAAAUAUAAGGAAUUGUUAUUGGCACUUUACAAAUCUCAUUCUACACUCCAAACUUACUAUAUUUGAAAAGAAAAAUACACUUAUAAGGAAUGUAGAAUGAGAUUUUUUGGAGUGCCAAUAACAUUCCCCUAAAUAUAUACAAAUAUAUUAGUUCAAUAAAUAUUAAUUGAACCAUGGUUUAGUAAGUCUAAAAAUAAUUUACUUGUUAAGUUUGAAGUACUAUUGUGAAAUCGUGUUUGAAAUUAAUUGUAAACGCGUGGCUUUCAGUA